AUGGCCGGGGAUUCCAGGACUGUACUUUUCCUGCAAAGUUGUUCCCAGCUGAGCCAAAUUCUCUCCAUUGAUGACGUGAAAUUUCUCAGUAUGGGGGGAUUGGUGGAACUCAUGAAUUCCACAUCAGUGACUGAAUUUGAGCUCGCUGGUUUCCUGGACCUACGGAAUUUCCACACACCUGUCUUUGUCACCUUGCUGGUGAUUUACCUGCUCAUCCUCAGCGGCAACAGCAUCAUCUUUGCCCUCAUCUAUGCCCACCCACGCCUUCAUACCCCCAUGUAUUAUUUCGUUGCCGUAUUGGCGGUCCUGGAGGUGUUCUAUACCACUGUCACCAUGCCCAAGAUGCUGGUUGACCUUCAGAGAAGCACUCAAUCCAUCUCUCUCCACGGCUGCCUCCUGCAAAUCUAUUUCUUCCACUCGCUAGGGAUCACAGAGGCCUGUCUGCUCACAGCCAUGGCUUAUGACCGGUACUUAGCCAUCUGCACCCCGUUAACGUAUUCCUCCGCUAUGACGACCAAACUUUGUUUCCAGCUGGUUCUGGCAUGCUUCACUUGUGGCUUUGCCUGUCCUUUGCCAGAAAUCAUCCUGACUUCUAGGCUGCCAUUCUGCGGGCCCAAACGCAUCAACCAUAUGUUCUGUGAUUUCGCUCCAUUGAUCAGUCUGGCCUGCACAGACAUCUCAACCAGCAUCGUCGUGGACUUCUCGCUUCACUCCGUCGUCAUCCUCUGCCCCAUCUUUUUGAUUCUCCUCUCAUAUGCAAAGAUCCUUCAAGUCGUCAGGAGGAUCCAGAGCUCAAAAGGCCGCCAGAAAGCUUUUUCCACCUGUGCCUCUCACCUCAUCGUGGUCCUGGCCUUCUUUGGAACCAUCAGUUUCAUGUACAUGCGCUUGACGUGGGUUGAAUCCCUGCAUUACGACAGGAUCAUAGCGGUGAUCUACGCCGUGGUCACCCCUCUCUUCAACCCCAUUAUCUAUAGCUUGAGAAACAAAGAAAUCAGACAUGUGAUCAAGCAGAUCACUAGCUCCUCUCGACUGUCCUGUUGA